AUUUUGGUGACAUAUGGGUAAAGACAGGGUAACGCUGGAGAUAAACAGCCUUCCUUUUAACUCGGUUAACAGUGAAAAUCAACAGUUGGAGUUAGGAGUUUAUGAGUCACAGCGGUAUUUAACCCGCGCGUGUCACUGUUAGGAGCUGAGUUAGGGAGUCAGUGCAGCGCUGGUGAAGCCCUCGGGCUGAUUCACCUGACAGGAGCCGCUGUGUGAGAGUGUUUUAGGAGGAGAGUCGCUUCGUGUCAGAGCGGACUGCGGGGCUGAGGCUGUGCGGGACUGAGGCUGUGCGGGGCUGAGGCUGCGGGGCGAAACGUGAGUGAACAUGGCGCAGUGGGCGGCGGGGGCUGGUCAGAGGAGCUGUGUGUACUGAAGUCACAGCGACGCUGGAACUGAGCGCCGCCUGAUGUAAACAGUCCGACAGUCCGGGGUCUGAGGAGCAGCAGCGCCGCUUCAGGAACCUCCUCGCGGGGCUGUGAUGGUCUUCAGUCAGCAGGGUGUAGUUUACUGUAGGCUGUCCUAGCAUGGCGCAUAUCCUCAGGACCAAUAGAUCUCCAGCAGAGAGCCUGAGAAGACACGGAACACCAGAGGAAUUCACCAAGGAGGUCAAAGAGGUGGCUGGCCAGGUCAGAGGCCCCAGAACAGUGGUGGAGAUGGUGGGAGAAAUGGAUGGACUUGCUGAAGAUCUAGCAGAGGAGGAAGAUGAGGAAGCAGAGAGACAGAAGAAGGCUGCAGCUGAGCAGGCAGCGGCCAGGGAAAGGGCAGCCCAGAGGCAGCUCAUGGCUAUCCAGGAGCUGGAGGAAACUGAGAAGAACUAUCUGAAACAUCUGCAGAUCUGCACGGUCACCAUCCGCAGCAACCUUGAGAAAAUACAGCCUCCACUGGCCAAUCUAGAUGGAAUGUUCCAGCACAUAGACGAGGUGAUGGAGGUGUCUGGAAGAUUCCUCAGCCUGCUGCACCAAGCGCAUAUGAAGCCCAGCGAUCCUCAGUAUCUGGAGACUCUCUGCACAUCUUUUCUGACUUUAUCACGAGACAUAGAGACUGCCUACAAGGAGUACCUGGCCAACUACAAUAACAUCACAGCAAUAGAGAAUGGCUAUAAACAGAAGGAGGUCCUGUGGAUGGAGAUGGUGAAAGUAAUCAAGUCCUCAGCUCCGGAGGUAAAUGCUUCCACUCUGAGCUUUUUCCUGGUAAUGCCAGUACAGAGAAUUGCCCGCUACCCUCUGCUACUGCAGACCAUUCAGAAACACACUGACCCCCAGCACCCUGCCUAUGCCCUGCUGGAGGAGACUGCCCACACGGCCGUCCAGCUCAACUGCAGGAUCAAUGAGUACAAGCGCUUCCGUGAAGUGGCUGAUAAGUAUAAGAAAACAGAAAACCUGACAAUCAAGGACAAGAUCAACCGACUGAGUGGCCACAGCAUUGCCAAGAAGACGGCCAGGCUGAGCCAGUACAUUAAACACGAGACCGGAAUGAUACCAAAGAUGAAGGAUGAAGAGUUUGAUUCCCUCGUCGGCUUUUUCUUUGUUCUGGAAAAGGGGAUCAUAGAGCUGCAUGACAACAUGGAGGCCUACCUCAUCCACCUGCAGCGGUUCCUCAGCUGCAAGCCGGAGGAGGCCGACCUGGACCUGGAAGGCGAGAAGACCGCCUUGUUCUCGAAGGAAAUCACUGUUGCCCUCAGACAGUGGAUAUAUCCUGCAUAUGAGGCCCGUCUGAAGACUCUGGUCUUCAAGCCUCUCAGUUCUCUGCGGGAGCUGAUGACCGGUCCACGCAACCUGAUCCGCAAGCGUCAGGACAAGCUGCUGGACUUUGAGAUGAUUGAGGAGAAGAGCAACUUGAGCUAUGAUGAACAGGCCGUAGCCAAUACAUACAAAACCAUGAACACACUCCUGCUGACCGAGCUGCCGCAGUUCAACGGCAAAGCCCUGCAACUGCUUUGGACCACAUUAGGUGCCUUCAGCUGCCUGCAGAGGGACCUGUCUGCAGAUAUGGAGCAGCUCGCCACCAGCUUCACUCAUCAGCUCCCACACAGCUAUCUGGACAGCAGUGCAUUCUGGGAGUGGGCAGAGGGCUCAGUGCUGGAGGAAGCCAGGAAGCUGGAGGCGUUGUGUCAGAGCGUUCAGGACGAGCUCAACGCUCCCAUUGUGCAGGUCAGCGUUGUGUCUGAGAAGCGUCUGAAACUUCUGACGGACAAGCACAGCUCAGAUAAGAUCUACCAGCUGACCGGGCCGGUGGUGGCCACCCGCGACCUUGACCUCACCCUGAACAAAGGCGAGCUGGUGGCUGUAAUCAGUGAGAUGGACACACGAGGAGACCGCCGCCGCUGGCUGGUGGAUGCUGGAGGUCCCAGGGGCUACGUUCCAGCCUCUAAACUGACCCGCUACCACCAUGUGACCGCGGACCCACCUCCUCAAUCACCUUACCUGAUGGCUUCCUCCAGCGGUCCAGGACCCAGGCGACACUCGUACUCACCUGGGGCUCAGCCUGUGGUCUCCAUGGCUCUGCCCUGUUUCCAGGUCUUUGCAGGGUAUGACUUCACAGCUCGCAGCAGUCAUGAGAUCUCUCUGCGUGCAGGAGAACCUGUGAGGGUGGUGGAGCCGCACGACAAGCGGGGGAACUCUGAGUGGAGUCUGGUGGAGGCUCGGGGGCAGAGGGGAUACGUGCCCUCCAACUACUUGGCCAUGCUGCCCUCUGUGGUCGCCUCGCCCACCAUGCCCUAUCAUUAGCGUCUGUCGCCAAGGACUGUCACCCAUGGCAACUGUGACUGUGAUGCUGAUGCUGCUGCUGCUGCUGUUGCCGUUCACAACGAACCUCUACAUAUUCUACUUUCCCUCCUCUUACACACACAGAAAUACACACACACGCACUCAGACACACAAGCGUGUUCCCACACAUAGACCACCAUAAGCACUCUCACUGAAAGGUGCUCCACAGCUGUGGGGGUGGGCGAUGAUUCUACUGACUGGUUUGUGAGCUGGAGUGGUGCUCAGGCCCCGCCAUGAAGAGGUCGUUCAGGCCCUCCAGCUCAGCCCUGCUUAGGGCUGCUUCAGGGGAGAAGACUCUAACCGGUGGAAAUGAGGCGCGUGGUGCUGAUGGAGUGCGUGCUGUGCGCUCUGGGUGUGUUUUAAAAAGCUCUUCAGGCAGACUCAUUUGUCUGUGUGGGUCAGCCUGUUCUUUCCCACGCGAUGAAGAGUGGCGGGACGCUGCGCCCGGGAGGGGCGAGGAGAUAGAGAGAGAUAGAGAGAUGGAGUGAUUGAGUGACGGACAGACUUUGGGCUCUGUGCCCUGCUCUGCAGUGGAGAGGAGAGGAGAGGAAAGGAGCUCACGAUCCUCAAGCUUUGCUGUUGAAUAUGGAUUUCAGGGCAUGAGUCAGCUCUCUUGCGCUCUAAUUUCAGCACUGACUCGCAUUCAGAAGGAGAGGUGAUCGACAGCACUGGAUUUUUUUACUUUAUUUAUUUAUUACUUUUAUUACUUUAACACUGGAUGACUGAUUUUUAAAAUGACCUGAUACUAACUGCAUAAAGACUGAUGAGACUGAUGUAUAAAGUUGCUAAUGAGUAUUGAGUAUUGAGUUCAAAUUAGGGGUGGGCAAUAUGGCUCUAAAAUAAUAUCACAAUAUUUCAGGGUAUUUUUGCGAUAACGAUAUACUUGGCAAUAUAGGAAAAAUAAAUUAUUUUUAUUUAUUUUUUUAAAUAAUUAAUUAAUUUCAGCAAUAUAGUAUAAUAGUAUAACAGUAUAAUCAUAAUGUGGCAAAAUAAAAAAUAUAGCAUAAAAUAAUAUAAUGCAGCAAAAGAUAUUGCAGAAUAUUUUCAUGCAUAUAAACUGCAACCAAAAAUAUAAACUAAAACAAUUAUACAAUAAAUACACUUAAAGCUUCACAGUAAAUAAUGAACUACUUUUAAGACAAACCAUCCCUAUUAUCAGGAUACAGAUUUUUAAUAUCAUGAUAUUUCUGUGUCAUGAUAUAUUGUAUACUAUAUAAUAUUGCCCACCCCUAGUUUAAAUCCAGAUGUAUUUCAAAGAACACUGUGUAAAAUAUUGUAAAUAUUCUGCCGGAACAAAACCUUGUGUCUCCAAAAAGAUAAGCAAAUAAGCAAACUUUUUAACUUUUUUUUUUUUUAAUGGAAGUUAACGUAAGCUAAUUUUAUAUGAAGUAAAUAUGGACCAUUUCAAUUGGUCAGUUAAUCUGAAGUUCAUCAAAUUUUACAUGGGUCUUAAUGUCAACUGGCUUUUUCACUAAACGCCCAGAAAGAAAUGAAGAUACCAGGUGGUGGUCCAACUGUGAAAAUCAGUUUGAAGUUCAUUUGAAGAUUUACCAAAAAUGCUGCUACACUAAAGGCAGCCCUAACAUGAAGUUUACUAGAGCAGUAGCGUUUACUAGCAUAGCAUGCUAAACAUUGCAUAUUGUAAGUGUUGUAAGGUGCCGUGAUUCUGUGGUACUUUUUCUGUUUCAGAAUGUAUUUUGUGGCAGUACCAAAAAAAAAAAAAAAAAAAAACACAAUAGCAGUUAAACUGGAUCCUAACUAGUGAGUUACCAUUUUUAUUAGGGAUGUCCCGAUCCAGUCCAAGCAUAUUUUAAAGGAUCGCACAUUGGUUACUUCAGUCCCAAUCCUGUUUCAGGUCUUAGUUUUAACUAUAGUGUUCAGAGCACCAUCUGGUGUCGUCAAGGCGCUGUUAACGAUUAUCAUUAUUGCCCAGCCAGCAGCACUGAGGAGAGUUCUCAGAAAGUAAAUUAAAAAGUCUAGUUAAAGUUAGAGUGUAGAACUAUUUAACAGUGGAGCAUGAAAACACAAUAUCUUAGACUAUAUAAAACUAAUGUGGAAAUGCUGUUUUAUUGUUUAUUAUUAGAACAGCACACCUUUUUAUUUUGUUUUUAAGCCAGUGCUGAACAGUGCACUUAGAUCUAAGUGAAAACUAGUGCUAAUUCAAAUAAACACAUGCUAUAGAAACCCAAAUCAUAGCAUAUUUAUCUCACUAUAAAAGAGUUACAUCAUUAUUAUUAUUAGCAGUCAGACUGGAAUCUAACAUAUUAAAUACACUAAAAUUAAACAAUAAUACACGAGAGGGAAUGCUAUACUGUGUAAUCUGCAGAUUUAUGGAUCUUUGCAUUUUGAGUUAAAGAGGACGAAAAAAUACGAUCUGUUUGAUCAUAAACACUCUGCAACUUAAAAUAGUUCCAUUGCUGCUCUGUUUGUAGCUGCACGGUUUGGCUUGUAAGUGCUGCAUCGUUGCUAGGAUACCUGUAUGUAGCGAGUAAUACAUGGAUAACGGAACUCAUAGAAGGCCUCCCAGCCAAUCACAGUGCAGGGUCUGAAAAAACUGUGGUAAAAUAAAACAAUAAUAAUACAAAAAAAUGGAAAAUCACUACUAAACCAAAUAGAUCAUUAUUUAAACUGUUGCAAAAAAUAAAUAGAGUUUUAAUCAGUAUUAAGCACAUCUUAUCUAAACUGUGUGGCAGCUUUAUUCAUUUAAUCACAAAAAUCAGAUUGAAUUGGAUCAGAUCAAUAUUAAGUGAUCUUCAGCAUUAAUAGAUCUGGAUUGGAUCAGGGUUUGGGACAUCCCUAAUUUCUGCAUAAUUUCAAUAAACUGAAGCCACUGACUAUAUAACAUUUAUAUACAGUGUGGAGAUGUAGAGGUGGUAUUUGGUUUGCUGCAGUGUGAGUACUGCAUGGUCUGAGACAGCAGCCUCCCUGCUGUUACAGCGGCUCACCACUAGAGGCAGUGAAGCACCAUCUGCAGAGCCUCCUCUGGCAGCACUGUCCACUCCUCACUCACAGUGUGUGCUCAUUAGGCUCGGAGCUGUGGACCCUGUGUGCUGCACUGUGCGGUGAGAGCGUGCUUGGUGAGCAGGUAUACUGGGAUGUGCACUGAAAUGGGAUGAGCGGUGCAGCACUGCAAGCUUUUUCCCAGAGCAUUACCUCAGUCAGUAUUGAGCUUAAUCCCUGAAAACAGAACGGUAGGCUCGGCUACAUUGCCUGGAUUCUCUCACAAUCGCCUUACAGGGGCUCCGCUGAGAAGCAAUCACUUGCUUGUUCUCUGGUGAAGCUAUGCUCUGAUCCAGGAGUGAAUUCCCUCUUUUAUUUAUUUGUAUUUAUUUUACAUUCGCCAAAGCCCUGCAAUGUAGGAGAAUACGAGGCUACAUUUCUGAUUUGAUCUUGUAUUAAAAUCUCCAAUUUGCCAGAA